AUACCUGCACUGUGCUUACAUUAGGCGCUACAAACUUCUGUGGUUAUAGAAACGGUGCUCUUCUACUUGUAAAAUGUUUUUUUCAAGGAACAUCAAUGAAACAGAAAUAUUUUAGAAAUGCCAUAUGUGUACGUUUAAAUGAAUCGGUAAUGGUCUCACCGUGUUGCAUUUCUUUAAAGAGAAGCAGACAUGAAUACAACAAUAAGUUCAGUCGAAGGUGGCGGUGAUAAACGUGUACCAGAGACAACUGUGCAAAGUAUAGCACAAAAUUUAACUACGAUACAAAGCAUACAAAAUGUGCAGAGUGUUGUACAAAGUAAUAUACAAAAUAUCCAAUCUACUCAAACUAUAGUAGGAUCUGUUGGAACACCUACUAAUCUUAUAGGCAAAUCCAUAUCGAUGGAUACAAAUCCAAAACUACCCCUAAUGAAACCUGUAGUUCCAUCCGGUACUACGUCAACUUCAGAGACUAAUAAAAUAACUACAACGCUUUGUUCUGUGGGUUCUACAGUAAGAAUAAUAUCACCAGGUAUGUUAAGUACAGUGGAACGUCAGAAUCAACCACAAACUCAGCAAUUAUUACAACAGACACAACAGGUAACAAGUAUGCCAGCAACGUAUCAUGUACCUCGAGGGGCAGCUGCAGUUGCCAAUAUAUCUGCUCCAAGAUCAACAGUGGCUACUCCUAUUGUUAGAGCAAAUACAGGGCAGACUGUUCCUACUACAAGGCCUGGGAUAAGUACAACUAUUUCAAACCCUCAAUGGCAACCUAAAACAACAUCAGUUGUGUAUGCACAACCUCAAAGACAUCCUGUACCUCCAGUUGGUCGAAUUUCUAGACCACCAUCCACUGUGUAUAGCAGUCAACAACCUCGUUUAAUUACGCCAUCGAGCCAAGGAAGAUCUGUACAAGCAACAAUGGUUACUGGAGUUCCUGGCACUCCGUCCAGAUUAAUAGCGCCUGUUCUUCAGGCAAACAAUAGUAUUACAAGGUUACCAGUCUCGCAAAGUAGAUUACCCACUCCCCAAGUGACAAAUGUAUCUCAAACUACACAGCCCAGCAGAUCUUCAACUCAGGCUAUUCAACCCAAUCAAUCAAACAGACCUCUAAGUACUGGUACAGGUACCGUAAAUCGUAUAGCCGUAUCAACACCUGUAGUUGGAGCCACGAAUCGAAUAAGUGGUACCGCUUCGGUGACCGUUCAACCAACAGUCGGACGACAACUAUCAAUUAACACAGUGGCUGGUCCAUCAACUGGUACUGUUAGUCGAAUUGUUAUCCCAUCUCAGCAAGUUCAGCAACAACCGUCACAACCACAAACAGCACCUCGCGUUGUUCAAACGGUUACCUGUUUGUCAAAUCUCAGUACAGUGUCCCGAGUAAUUACUACAGCCGCGAGUACAUCGAGUGUAACAAGAAUACCACAACCGGCGCCUACUACAGUUGCUAGAAUUACUGGAAUGUCUUUACAUCCGUUACCUUUAGCACCUGCGAGAGCUACAUCGGCAUCUGUUAAAACAGUACAAGCUCAAAGCGUCGGACCAACCGUUCAAAUCAAACCUUCUCAACAAUCUGGAUUACGAGUUCCAUCGGCUAGUAGUACGAACAAUAAUUCGAAUACUAUACCCGCUCAGUCGGUUCAAGGGCAAUAUUUGCAUCCACCACACACCGCUACCUACUAUUCUUUCGAACCCACAGGAACGUAUUCUCAGUACCGGCAAACUCCGGUAAGAUUACUCGUGGAACCAGGAUACGAUGAACCACAUACCAAACCGAAUGCAUCUCCAAGACCAAGUAUACUUAGAAAAAGGGAUCAUGACAAUUCACCGAUAAAAGGUGUAGCAAAGAAUUUAGUUCCUGUACUUGCAUCUUUACCACCUGUCGCAACAUCCAGUCCUCCUUGUUCACCGAGAGGAGAUCAAGAUGGUGGAGGUUGUCAAAGUUCCGGAUCUACUACAGUUUCGGCGACAUCAUCACCAGGUCUCGACGAAGAACCAGAACAAUCUAGAAUUACUAUAAAUCCAACGGUGGAGAUGUCCCCAAGAAAAAAGCCACGGAAACAACAACUUACCGGCGUAGAAUUAACGGAAUCAAGAUGUACAGAAGAAGAAAUGCAAUUUAUUACGGACGAUAGAAUGAAGAAAGAGCUUAAGGAAGACUCAAAAGAAAAAUCUUUGGAUAAAAGACAAAAUUUAAACAUACCACGUGACAUAAUUAAAUCUCCUACGCAACAGCCAAUCGUUGCGAUACGAACGCGGCCUACGCCUAGUUUACUAGGCCCUUCCUGGAAGAACAGAUGGGGCGGUAGACUUCACCAUUACAGAAGACCAAGCGAAGUUCGACCUCGCGAAGAAAGACGACCCACAGUUGCAGAAAUAGCACAACAGAAACAUGUACUACAAAAAUUGAAUGGUUGGAAAGUGUAUCAUCUUACUGCGCAAAUGGAAGACAUUGCUGACCUUGAGAAACAAGUACAUGAAAAAUUAAAAACAACAUUGACGAUGCUUGAAUCGCAACAAAAUGUCAGAAAUAGACAAGACGAUGGACUUGAACGUGUAAAUGAAUUGAUCAAAGGAAACAUGCAACGUAGUAGUUUAAUUAGUGAAGGAAUGAAUGAAGCGCGCACGCAGCUUAUCGCUAUAUUUCAACAUAAAGCACCUAUUACAGAUAUUUUGCAACGGUGCGGUAACAAACGGGCUCAAAAGAAACGAGAUAAAUGAGUUAGUGUGCCCAUCGAAUUGAAAUAAACACGUUUAUAAGGAACUCUUGCAAGAGCAAGGUUCGAGAAGGAGUUAUUUUUAUCUGUGUCACAGAAUCUACAUUAUAGGAGUAAAAUAAAUGGUUUUAUAAGUCUAU